UGUAGCCGGACUUCAUCAUAACGACAGGAAGCUGUGGCCUGUGGUGUGAUGCUGCUGCUCUUCAGUCAGUCAGUCAGCAUGGACUUCACAACACUGUGCACUGUUGUUGCCAAUCUGAGAGUUGUUCCGGACAGAUCCCAGUUCUUUAAGUACGAGUCCGUGUCUCUGAGCUGUGAGCAUCAGGGAAACUCUUCUGAGUGGAGCGUGAAGAGGAACACAUCCAAACAAUUCAACCAAGACUGCUCCGUGUUUGGGAAUACAAUAAAUGAAUCCCAUUGCUGCAGUGACGACCUUUACAUAUUUGAUAGUGGAGUGUACUGGUGUGAAUCUGCAGCUGGAGAGUGCAGCGAUGCCGUCAACAUCUUGGUGACAGGUGGUCCAGUGAUCCUGGAGAGUCCUGCUGUCCCUGUGAUGGAGGGAGACGCUGUGACUCUGAGCUGCAGAACCAAGUCGACCUUCUCCUCCAACAACAUCUCAGCAGAUUUCUAUAAAGACGGCCUCUUCAUCAGCAGCAGCUCUACAGGAGAGAUGACCAUCCACAGUGUUUCUAAAUCUGAUGAAGGACUCUACAAGUGUAACGUCUCUGGAGGUGGAGAAUCUCCAGACGGCUGGUUGGCUGUCAGAGCAGGACAUCCUGAGCCGCCGUACUCCCCCCUCACACACAUUCUACUUCCUGUGGUGGGCGUCGACCUCUGGCUGGUCUGUGUGAUGCUGCUCUGCCUCUGGAGGAGCCACAAAGAUGAAAUUGAUCCUUCGGUUGUCUUGUACACUGAUGUCACCAGCUCAUGGAAACAAAAAGGUUUGCCACUGAAGAGCCACUCCUUGUUUUCCUCUGUCGCUGUGUACAGACUGAACCCCGUCAGGUGUAAAAACACACCGCGCCAUGUGUUGACUUAUAAAGCCUGAAACUCUGCUGCUGAUCAACAGGAGCCAGGAGACUUUUUAC